GCUAUUUACUUAACACACGAUAUUUUUUACAUGUCAAAAAAUGUAAAAUACGUAUCUUCUAAACCAUCAUUGCGUACAUAUUUCUCGACUUCCCACUAACGAGGGAUAUUCAACGACAUUCCACAAUGAAGUCAGCAAUCAUCGGUUUGUUCGUGCUAGUAGCCAUAGCUCUUACCUUUGAAGAGUCGGAAGCCAGGUUGGUGUGUACUCGAAGGAUCUGCGAUACGGUUAGAUGUGCUAAGCAGAAAUGUACCGCCAAACAAGUACUAGUCAAAAAAGGAGGCUUCUGUGGGUGUUGUGAUCUUUGCGUCACUAUUUUGAAGAAAGGACAGAAAUGCCCGAAUUUGCAUAUUGUGGGAGGUGGACCACCAACAGUUAGAUGCGCAAAGGGUCUUCGAUGUGUAGAAGGAAUUUGCAAGAAAGCAUAAAAUGGAUCAACCCCAAUAGCAUCAUCUAUUAUGAAACACUGGACAAUAGAUAAAAUAAAUAAAUGAGAAGAUAACA